GUUCAGGUUGAUCUCUCUUCUAUUCUCCCUCUCUGUCUUCUCUUCUCUCUCUCUCUCUCUCUCUCUCUCUCUCUCUCUCUCUCUCUCUCUCUCUCUCCACUGUUGAAAUGGACCGAAGAAGAAAAAAUGGACCCACCUGGGGCAGCAUGUGUCUUUGAGCUUGGAACGGGACAUAAUGGUCAUCGUAGCCGCAAGCCGGUCCUGGAAGGAAACCCGGGAUGUGAUGAUGAGAAAGUACCUAGCAGCGGAGAAGAUGGCUACGGAGACCGACUUAGCGAAAGUCCAGAGGAAGAACUUUUCAACGUACAAUGACUUCCUACGGGAGUUUACUCUGGUAGCACUAAGGAUCCUGGGAGUAACAAACCGAAUAAUGAGCAAAUACUUCCUUAGGCAGUUCUCCGAGUUUGACAAAGACAAGAUUCUGUCGGCCUACCAGCAGACGAGCAAGUUCGUAAACACUAGGGAUGUGAAUUUUAGCACCGUAACGGACCUGGCCGAAAAGACGGUAGUGACCGAGACAUUGGCCUUGCUUAAAGAAGGGGAGGUCAUAGACGUGACCGGGAGAACAACCGACAAAGUAAAGAAGGGGAUCGAAAGUCUACAUGAAUGGAUGCAUGGAGUCGACAACAAGAUUGAAAGGAUGAAAAGCGUGCUAUUGGUUAUGCAGGCGCAAGUAUCCCGACACCCCCUCCCUCCCGAGGAAGCCGUAGUUCCGCCGGGUGUAGCCAAUCGGGGAAUUGGACGGAGAGAUCUUCCUAAUGAGCAAUGCAAGUACUGCACCGCGAUGGGACAUUAUGUGCACGCAUGUCCAAAGCUCAACCAUGAUAUAUUAAAAAGGAGAUGUACCAGGUCGUUAAAGGGGGAGAUAUUCGGGCCGCAGGGAGAACGGGUGAAUUGGAACUCACUAGGAGGAAUGCGGCGAGCCGUUAUCAUGCUCAAUGGGCCAGAGAUAGCGGUCGUAGAAGUGGAGCAGCUGGUCGAUAUCAUCUGGGAACAACUGCGGGGUCGUGGGCCGCAGGUCAACUUCAUUUUGAAAAACGACGGACGUGAUAGGGUGAACGCGACUACUCGGCUAGGGACGGCUGGAAGAAGGAUUAUCCGUGACACAGUGAUGGAGGAGGUUGUUGGGAGUUCGGUACCCCAGGCAGAACCUGAGGCCGGGGAACCAAUGAAAGUUUUUGCCGCCAAAAAGAAGUUUAGGUAUCAGAUUCCGAUUUUAACCAUACCAGAGGUCGAUGACACCCUUAGCAAAUUGCGAGGGACCAUGGUGUUGGUGUCAUUUCAGACCAUGCUGCAGAUCAUCCCUAGGUUGCUUAAAGGGCUUAGACAACUGUUGACUCGGCGGCGAGUAGAGAUAGAUGAGGACCCCGAAGCGCCGGAAGAGGAAAUGGAGGAGGAAGCUCCGCAAGAAGUCGCUAACCUGCAGAGGAGUCGCGGGGACUUGGAGGAUCUCGAGAAAGCAUCUGCAGACAUCCGUUUGAGUUUGCCCGACCGAGAGGGCGGCGAGGUCAUAAGGGCACCACCUGUGACAAAGCUUAGCUUUCAUGCACUACCCGUAGGGAAGCUGAAAAUCAAGAUCGGGACUCACCAUACCGACGCAUUAGUAGACGGGGGAGCAGAAAUCACUCUCAUAAGGAGAGAUUUCGCAACAAUCACGGGUUGUACGGUAAACAAGGAAGUAACAGGGAGCAUCCGGGGAGCUGGCAGGGAAAUCCCGUUCACUGGGGACAUGUUCCCAGAGAAGUGUGAGCCCUACAUCGAUGACAAUCCGAUCAAACGCGCGCAGGAGAAGGACGAGACGGAAGUCCAGCCAGGAAUCCGAAGGUUUGUGUGGGACCACCUACACGACAUCAAGGACUUACUCUGCCGAUUCCUAGUAUACAAUAUCACAGUUAGUGGACCAAAGAGUAUUCUAGCAGUACCGGAAGUAACCAUACUGGGAUUUCGCUGUGGCGCGUACGGUAGGAAGCCAGAUCCGGUGAAGACGGACAAGAUAUCGCAAUGGCCAACACCCCUGCGCACGACAACGGAGGUAAGAGCGUUCCUAGGGGUGGUCGGAUUUUGGAGGAUCUUCAUUAAGAAUUUUGCCAAGAUUGCCGAACCUAUCUGGGCCAUGAUCAGAGAAGAGGGAACCAUGGAUUGGACAAAGGAGCGAGAAGGAGCUGUCCAAACCCUUAACGACAUAUUGACAUCUGAGCAAGUCGCCUUGUCAACGCCUUGUUUUAAUGACGAAGUGGGACGACCAUUCAUCCUAGAAACAGAUGGAGGACCCUUGGCCGUAGGAGGCGUGCUGAUUCGACGGGAUGAGGAAGGGAGAGAGAGACCGAUUAGGUUCAAAAGUAAAACCCUAAACUCCGGCGAACGGCGGUACUCGCAGUUCAAAAAGGAGGUCUUAGCCAUCUUACAUUGCCUCAAGACCUUCCAGGCCUACCUAUUUGGGAGGCGAUUCAUCUUAAGGAUCGACCCGACGAAUGUCGUAGGGGCCUUAAAGAACUACAGGCCUAUAGAUCCGACGGUGGGAAGAUGGGUAGGAUUUAUCUGGCAGUUCGAUUACAAGAUCGAACGGAUUGCUGGAAUUAGAAACAAGGCGGAUGGGCUGAGUCGGGUAUGCAUCACUCCCGAAGGGGUGGAGGAUGCGGAACCCAUAGACGCGUUCCUUGAAUUCGAGGGAGGAACUCUCGCGGUGGACAACGAAAUGAUGGGCAAAGAAUGCGUGUCGGGAGAACUGUUGAUCCGGACUUUGGAGAAGGGGGCGCCGACUGUAGUAGCAGAACUUAGGGAAGGACCUGUCACCACUCGAGGUCGUAAAGAGGAGAGAGAUUCAUGGGAAGCAAUUGUAGGACCGAAGGAGGAACUAAUAACAAUGGCGGUUGAGGGAGGCCGGUUAGAGGAUGAUCCGCGAAUGACCACAGAGGAGUUAAUCGAGGCAAGGUGUCAACAGAUCCUUAAGAACGAAGAGGUCAUGAAAGACAUCGCCAACCGGGUACUGGACAGCAGGAUGAGGGACAAAGUAAGACUUGAAGAAAAGCGAGAAAAAGCAGGAAUGGAAUUCGACAACGAGAAUGACAGCGGGGCAAUCAACAGGCCUACCGGAUGGGAAGAAGCAGGACCAAGCCAAGGGAAGAGGACAACGAAGAGAAAGUUGUACAUAGGGCUCAUGGGCGGGCCGGUGGUACGCAGGGGUGGAAAGAAGUGCGUAUGUAGAAGACCCUCGCCCCUCCGCAAGGGAGAAGGUAUAAAAAUCUCUUCUGACAGUGAGGGCGAGAAGGAAAGGGCAAAUGUGGGAGAAGGGGGCAAUGCAGAUAUGGGAGAUAAGGCUCAGGCCUCUGACGAGGAAGGAGCCAACAGAGGCGAACGACGUGAGACUUGGCAUGGGGAAAGCGAGGGGGGACAAGACAUGCACGACGAGCAUGUGGAUGGGGAGGAGAGAAGAGAAAGCCCGCUUGAAGGACGAAGCGGCCAUGGCAGUUGUGAGGGGUAUGGAACAAGGAUAGAGAUUCCUUAUACCUACGAUCCGAAGAACCUAACGGGGGGGUAUAGCCCCAUACAGACGGAGGACGAGGAGAAUGAGGAGGAGGAUAUACAAGAGAUCAUAAAAAUCAACAGCGGGGAUGAAAGAGAUGAGAUCUCAAGGCCUAGGGAAGAGAGGCGGCCUCCAAUGCACUAGCCGCGCGAUGAGGCCUUCGGAUGGGAAGAUGAGUUUGGGCCAACGCCCAGUCAUUGGUUUCAGCAAUAAACCAAUGUGAUCAGA